CUGGCGGGGUGGGGAGGGGUGCGCACUGUGACCGUCAGGGAGAGUCAUCCUCCUCUACUCGUGUGGCCCUGAGCCCUAGCCAAGAUGCCGCAGUUUUGCAAUGGCAAGAUUACUAAGCAGACGGCUGAACAGCCUGAUGAGUUCGAAACCUCCAUCGGGCAGACACUGCUCGACCUGGAGAUGAACUCGGAGCUUAAGGCACAGCUUCGGGAGCUCUCCAUUACUGGGGCUAAGCAAAUUGACGUUAGUGAUAAGAAGUGCAUUGCAAUCUUCGUGCCAGUCCCUUUGUUGCGUGCCUUCCAGCGUGUUCAGCAGCGGCUGGUGCGUGAACUGGAAAAGAAGUUCAGUGGCAAGCAUGUGGUUGUUAUUGCUCAGCGACGUAUCCUAGCAAAGCCAACCCGUAAGAUGAAGAACCCUCCCAAGCAAAAGAGACCCAGGAGCCGUACCCUGACCUGUGUGCACGAUGCCAUUCUGGAGGACCUUGUUUUCCCCGCUGAGAUCGUAGGAAAGAGGAUCAGAGUUAGACUCGAUGGCUCCAGACUCAUCAAGGUCCAUCUUGAUAAGGCUCAGCAAACCAACAUUGAACACAAGGUUGACACGUUUGCUGCCGUCUACAAGAAACUAACUGGCAAAGAGGUGAACUUUGAGUUCCGUGACACCUAUUUGUAAAUGUUUAAAUAAAGAGAAAAAAAAGAUG